UCUGCACCGAGUCCAUGUUGUGUGACACAUCUGCAUUGCUCACUGGCUCCACGUUUGUUCCGCUCAGAUACAUGAUUCAAUGUGGUGGUGACUGGCAGGGCAGAUAACGAGGAGGUUUGACCGUGACUUUCACACUUGACUGGCCGUCUAAUGUCCUGUUUCGAGGGUUUAAAACACGUGCUUGGUUGCUGCAUGCCGGAAUCGAUCGCGAUUAUAACAAGUCGUGAUGGAACCCUGUCAUCGGUCUCAGUACACUAUUAUCUUCAUCAGCAGAGGGGUUUAAGAGCUACUCAGUCAUCUGACGGCGUUAAAAUGAUGUUUGGAAAGUAUUUUUAAUUGCUCAGUGAUGCACCAUGCCUAUAGUAGACAAAUUGAAAGAAGCCCUGAAGCCUGGACGAAAAGAUUCUGCUGACGAAGGUGACCUCAACAAACUGCUGGCGGCUUCAGCAAAGAAGGUUCUUCUUCAAAAGAUUGAAUUUGAGCCCGCCAGCAAGAGUUUUUCCUAUCAGCUUGAAUCGCUGAAGAGUAAAUAUGUCAUUUUGAACCCUAAACCCGAAGGGGCUGCUGGUGAGCAAAAUGCUUGUUCCACCCCAACAAAAAAACAAGUUUAUGAAACAAGUGGAAUUCCAAAUGAUGGCAUCCCAGCACCUCAGAAAAUUCUAUUUCCUAUGGAAAAACUGUCCAUGAAAUGGGUGCGUGUGUACAGAGUUGGAGCUGGACUGCACAAUCUUGGGAACACCUGUUUUUUGAACUCCACUAUACAAUGCUUGACUUAUACACCACCGCUGGCCAAUUACCUCCUCUCAAAAGAGCACAGUAAGACAUGUACUCAGGCUGGAUUUUGUAUGAUCUGCAUCAUGCAGAACCAUCUGAUACAGGCCUUUGCCAAUAGUGGAAAUGCGAUCAAACCGUUGUCAUUUAUUCGUGAAUUAAAAAAAAUAGCAAGACAUUUUCGAUUUGGGAAUCAAGAAGAUGCACAUGAGUUUUUAAGAUACACCAUUGAUGCAAUGCAGAAGGCCUGUCUGAACAGUUGCACCAAGUUGGAUCGACAAACACAAGCUACUUCGUUAGUCCACCAGAUCUUUGGAGGAUAUCUUCGGUCGCGUGUUAAAUGCUCCGUGUGCAAGAGUGUAUCGGAUACAUAUGAUCCUUAUUUGGAUAUUGCUCUUGAAAUAAGGCAGGCACCCAACAUUGUCCGAGCUCUUGAGCUCUUCGUGAAACCUGAUUUUCUCAGUGGGGAGAAUGCCUACAUGUGUGCAAAGUGCAAGAAGAAGGUCCCAGCUACCAAACGCUUUUCCAUUCACAGAGCGUCAAAUGUUCUGACUCUUUCCUUAAAGCGAUUUGCAAACUUCAGUGGUGGCAAAAUCACAAAGGAUAUUGGCUACCCUGAGCACUUGAAUAUACGUCCAUAUAUGUCCCAAACCAAUGGCGAACCUGUCAAUUAUGGGCUGUAUGCAGUGUUAGUACAUUCUGGAUACAGUUGUCAUGCUGGACACUACUACUGUUAUGUCAAGGCUAGCAAUGGGCAGUGGUAUCAGAUGAAUGAUUCAAUGGUCCAUUGUAGUAACAUCAAGGUGGUGCUGAACCAACAGGCAUAUGUACUUUUCUACCUGAGGAUGACAAAUUCAAAGAGUGGCGUGGAUGAAGUGUUGAAGCAGAAUUCUAUUCAGCCAACUGUCAAAACCAGCAACGGCACAACCAUGCCAAAGAAACCUGUACAGAAUGGAUACUUGGGCUCUCCUCAGAUGAUAAAGAAACCAGAGUCUCAGCAAGCAAAACUGCAAGCUUCUGGGAACGUUGGUGUAUCAGUGCCAAGAACCACCACUAACCAGUCACCUAGGCUUCCAGGGAAACCAACAAAUCCACAGACAUUCAUAGACGAAUCACUGAAGAAGCUUAAGAAAUCUUUACCUCAGCUGCAACCAAAAUCUUCUCAGGGCCAGUCAGUUAAUGGUUCAAGUGGGAGCAGACCACCACCGAUGGAAAGUACAAAGGUGUCUGCAGCAGAAAGCAAGGAACUGCCUUCAUCUACCUCAUUGAAGUCAUUGGUGGCAACUGGUGGAGCGGAGCAGAAAGGAAAGGAAGGCACCCAGAACCAGCAGAAAGGGAUUGGCAGCCCUAAAUGUGCUGUGAACGAGAGCAAUACUACAAAGAAUAAUCAACAAUCUGAGCCAGAAGAGUCUGAUUCUGAAUCUCAGGCACACAGCUCUGGUAAUGAGAGGACUGAGAGCAGCAUUGAGGAACAGGGAGUGUCCAAAAUAAAGCCCCAGUUACUUGCAGAAGAGCAAUCCAGUACCAUGUCACCACCUCCAGCAAAGAGGCUUGCUCUGUCAGCCAAAAAGGCCACCUACAACUGGAAGGUGACAGAAAAUGAGCCACGCUCCCCAUCACUCUCAUCAGUCCACAAAGCAAAAUUAAUGAAUAAAGGCCACCCAUUUCCUUCUGCAAACAAAACUAGGACUUUCCCACCUACUCCAAAAAUGCAGAUUUCCCAACAAACAAGAUUUUGUUCUUCAUCUAAAAUCUCUAAGAAGUCAUGUAGUUCUAGUUACUCUGAGUCGCAGCUACAGUCAUCAAAAGCCAUGGAAGCAACUGGGCUGCCCUGUUCUCCUCCAGUUGAUGGCAGUGCUACCUCAUUGGAAAAGAAUAGUUUAUCCAGUAAAAGUACUGGUAAAAUGUGUAAUUCCAAGACUGACUUGGCAAGUAAGCCACACAGACUUAGCAUUGCCAACUCCAUGGACCCAUAUAACAGUAGUAAAAGAAAAAAGAGAAAACAUAAAUCCGCUUUGAAAAGGGAUGCGAUUUCUUUUGAUUCUGAAUCAUCCGUCCAGACAAAUUGUGAUGAAGCUGCCAAGACUCACAGCAAACAUAAAGGCAAGGAAAAGCGACACAGGACAGAGGUGAAUGGUGGUGCUUGUGACCAACUGCAAAAAGAGAACAACAGUUUUGGAGGACUGACCCUAAUGAAAGUUAAGAAAAAAAAGAAGCGUAAGAAGUGUGCAGAAGUAUCUGAAGAAAACUACCUUGCCGACACUGCUGAAGAAAAUUAUUCAAUACGGGAUGAACUACAGGAUGAAGAGGCACUGGAAAUGCCUGAAGAAUUUGAACCAAGAAAGAAAAACCAUGAAACAAAAGAGGGCAAAAAGGGUGAGAAAAAACGCAGGAAACGAAAGAGAAGCUUGAGUUUAGAUGAAUGUUCAGAACCUCCAAUAGAUCAGCCUACUAAAAGCAAAAGUGGAAGUCAACAAGUUCCAGUUAUUUUAUGGGACAGCCAGAUUACAAAUGGCUAUAAAUGCUCACAGAAUUACUCUGGUGAGGAUCAACCUGCAGAGCCCAUUACCAGCUUGGCCUGUGAUGAGAAGAAGGGAUCCACUGUAAUUGAAGAGCUCUUGAAACAUUCAAGCAACAAAGCUUAUGGAACUGAAGUGCUGACUUGGGGAGGGGCAACAUCAGCUAUCAGUGAAGAUGCCAUAAAUGAUGUAAAACAUGCAAAAGAAGAACAUGUCAUUGAUGAAUGGGAUGAAGAAUUUGAUAUGGGAAAGGUUAAAAAGAUGAAGAAAUACAAAAAGGAAAGGAGGAGAAGCUUUAAUGUUUUCCAGAGAAUGCAGAACAGAAGGAAUUUUUGGUCUACCACUCGCUAUGGAAAGUUUUCCAGAUUUUAAAAAGAAAACAGACUUCAGCUGGUUAAAGACGUCUACAGGAAGAAGUAGCACAACAAACUGUUAGGCGAUGUGCAAUGAUGUUGUGACUUUUGUUACAGUUCAGACAUUGAUGCUGAAGCCAUUGUCAGCAGCAAACCCAAGUUACAAUGUUUGAAACAGGUUUAUUGGUGAUAACAGACCUACAACACACAGUUAAACUGACCGUGAACUGAGAGUCUGCAAUCAAGUGUGGAUUAAGUGUCUCCAAUUUUAUGAAGCUCAUCACGUCAAUAAACAGCAAAAAACUGGAUUCAGAAUUCCAUGGAAAUGCAUUAUUUGUGUUAGAAAGCUGUUUCUGAUUUAUGUGGCAAAAUACAGAACUGCAUUGCAACUCUAUCCAUUUUCUCUUGCCCUUGGAGGAAAGAAAACGGAAGUCCUAUAUUGCAUUGUAGCAGCUAGUCAUGAUAUUCAGUGAAAACUUGUUUGCUGAUGGUUGUGCUGGGCAUUUUUAAUCAGUUGGUCGAUGAGAAAUGACACAUUUGCUUAUAGAUACAAUCAAAUUUAUUUGAUGUACAGCAGGGCAGUACUAAGCUGAGGUUCUGUUUUGUGCAAGUUCUGCACUCCUAUUAACUGGCAUUUUUACACUUUGUGUUAAUAACUAAUUUUAUAUAGAGCAUAGAACAUGGGUAUUGUCUUGCCAAACCGGUCAUUUGAACGGGGUACAUUUAAAAUUACUAGAUAGUGAAUUUUAUUUCCCCUUGUGCAACCGUUUCCUAAUUUUCUGUCAUUGGAAGGGAAAAAGAUAUCACUGCCUUUUCCUCCUUCUGGGAUGCCAUUUUUAAACAGUGCAAGACACUUGCUCUGUGCCUUCCUCCUUUCCAGAAGGUGUCCCAGUCAUGUUUUAUUUUACUAGUAGAUGAGCCUGGCACACUACUUCAUUUACUGUAAUUAAGAUAUCAAUGUGGCAAGGCAGUUUGAAAACAAAGUGCCUAUAAAAUAGUAAAGAUUUUGAGAACAACAGGCAAAGUGCUAAGGAGCAAAGUUGACAUUGUGUACAAAGUGCACAACAGUGGCACUCCUUUGCUAUGUUUCUGAUUUCCAUUUGCACAAUAUUAGUAAAGGAGUUCUGUUAGCUGCUUAAUUUUUUUUAACAUAUUUAUUCCAACAGGAUGGUGGAAAGCAGGAGGGGGUGUUCUGAAUGUCAAGAUUAGUUGCUUAGAAACUCAACUCUUUCAGUGUGUUAUAACAUUACUGCUUGGGAGCAUUCCCAAAUUUUUAUUUCACACUCUGUAUUAGGAUAUUUCCAAUUUAAUUCACUUAAGCUUCUGCAAAUGUAUAUUUACUACUAAAGGAACUCAUUACUUUUUCCAAUGGAAUACUGCUGUACUAAAAUAAGGUGCAAGAUCAGUGCUCUGAGAUGCAAGUAGACAUUGAGGAAUAUCAAUACAUAUUAACUUUGACUGUAUAUGUUAAUCAAUGAUUCACCACGAAAACACCAACUUGAUGCUUUAUUUAAAAAAAAGAAUUUGCCUUACUUUUGUCUGCUUCAAAUCUUCAGCUCCAGUAACAAGAUAUGCUCUUGUCUUUCAUUUGAACAAGAAAGUCCUGUAACUUACCACUGUAAGUAACUAGAUCCUUAGGUGCUUUAGAAUAUUGUAAUCUCUAUUUGAUUAAAACAGAAAAUAUUAAACAAAAGGUGAUGUUAAAUAUGUUAAUAUUAGAAAGGGUUGCAAUUUAAAUCAAACAACUUUCCUGUGGAAAAGUUCUUUUCUAAUAGCUGAAUUAUCAAGAGUUUACAUUUUGUUUGUAAAAAGAAAUGUAUUUUAACAAGUUUAAAAAUUUGAGUACCAGUCAAGUUUGUAUCUUAUUUAAAUUGUAUUGAAAGGAUUGAAUAAUAGGUUUGGGAAUUCUGGGCGUUUGUUAAUGUUUGAGCAGUGUAUUGAAUUGAAUUCAAUGUAAUGUGAUGUAUGUUUACAUUAUUAACUGAAAUACAUUGGUUAAAUGGCUUUGUAAGGAGAAUAUUUGAGGCUUUAGAACUUGGCUUUACUGACGUCAGACUUGUUUAAUAUGUCUCAUCAUUUUCUGAGAUGCAUCAUUCCAAUAUUUGGGAGGAAAAAAACAAUGUCUGUUACUUGUUGAAUGUAUUCUUUUUAAGUUUGAUUCUGUGUCAUAUCAAUUCAGUUAAGACUUAGUGAAUGAUGCCCCAUUUCAGCAAGAGUUAUAAGAGAAACAUGUCUGGAAAAUGAACAACUUGCACAUCAAUGAAAUUCUGUUAGGACUUCAUGUUUCAGUAUUCUGGUUUGUGACUUUAAUAGUAACACACAAUCAAGUAAAACUUCAGUAGAUCAGUAGAAUUGGUGAAGUGAAAUACUUAAAAUUAUAUUGCAGAUUUGCCCAUAUAAAUUUAUAAUUAAACUAGUUUAAAGCUUGGCAAUGUGUUAUCUGUGGCCUUCAACAUAUGAAUUAAGAAAAAAUAUCAA